AUAGAGCGAAGGCGGCUCCGUGUCGGCCCCAGCAGCUCCGGGCGGCUCGCGAGGAGUCCCCGAGGGCGAUGGAAGAUGAGCAAGAGCAGCGGCGCCGGAAGGUGGAAGCAGGGAAGGCGAAGCUUGCUAACUUCCGACAGAGAAAAACAAAAGGUGACUGUCCGCAUUCGAAGAAAAAGACGGCGAAGAGGAAGGGCUCGACUGUCGAUGCGCCUGUCCAGGAGGAGAAUCCGGUAGUGGAUCACAAUUCUGCGGUAUCCAGAGGAGAGAUUGCUUGUGAAAGCACAUCAUGCAGCAACACUUCGGAGAGGGACAGAGGGGCAUUUGCCACCCAGGAACAAGACUGUGACUUGGAUGGGAUUGGUCAGCAGCAGCGGCCGCCGCCGCCACCGCCACCCCAGACAGCCCACAGCCUUGAGCUGGAAGCCAUGCGCCUGAGCCUGAACAACAUGCACACAGCACAACUGGAGCUGACACAGGCCAACCUGCAGAAGGAAAAGGAGACAGCGCUGACAGAGCUGCGGGAGAUGCUUAAUGGCCGCCGGGCACAGGAGCUGGCGCUACUGCAGAGUAGGCAGCAGUGUGAACUGGAGCUGAUGCGGGCGCAGCACGCCCGUGAGAAGGAGGAGAUGGUGCUCCGCUGUGAGCAGGAAACAGCUGAACUGAAGGAGAAGUUACGGUCAGAAAUGGAGAAAAACGCCCAGAUUAUAGAGAAUCUGAAGCAAGACUGGAAAUCUGAAAAAGAGUUAUGCUUGGAAAAUUUGCGCAAAGAAUUAUCUGCAAAGCACCAGUCAGAAAUGGAGAGUUUGCAAAACCAGUUUCAGAAAGAAUUGGCAGAACAAAGGGCUGAGUUAGAGAAGAUGUUUAAAGCCAAAACACAGGCUGAAGUUUCCCUUAAGAGCCUGGAGACUCAGCACCAAGAAGCCAUCAAGAAAUUACAGGAAGACCUACAGUCAGAACAUUGCCAGUAUUUGGAAGACUUAGAGUUGAAAUUCAGAGAAAAAGAAAAAGAAAAGCAGUUUGAGUUAGAGAAUCUUCAGGCAUCCUAUGAAGACCUGAAGGCCCAAUCACAAGAAGAAAUCAGGUGCCUGUGGUCCCAGCUUGAGUCUCUGAGAACCAAAAGAAAGGAACUUAAUGAUCCCUGGGACCCGCUCCUGAGCGGAGAGUCUCCCCUGGAGGAGCUAGAACACUUGCGGUUGGACUUCGCUCAGCAGCAGCAGCGGGAUAGAGCCCAGCAUGAGUCGGAGCUGGAGCAGCUCAGGGUUUACUUUGAGAAGAAGCUGAAGGAUGCUGAGAAGACUUAUCAGGAAGACCUGACUCUGUUCCAGCAACGGCUGCAGGAGGCAAGGGAGGACUCUCCUCUAGAGUCUGCAGAAGUCAGUUUAUCCUGUAUGUUUCCAGAAGUGACGUCUGGCAGAGAAGGCGAAGAGCAGCUGGGUCCGCAUGAUCUUCAACCUGAGCAGCCAGAGCUUUAUGUGAGUACUGGGAAAUUGAACCCUGACUGCCAGGCUUGCAAGCAAGAGCCAUUAGCCACUGAGCCAUCUUCCCAGCUGUCCUCCAGGCUGUCCCCUGCGUCUCCACACCCCACCCAGAUCAAGGAGGAUGGAUCAGACAGCUGCUUCUUGGAGCCUGGGGUGCUGGAAGUGGCAAGGCUUCCAUCUACACGUUCAGACCAGCACAGCCAAGAGCUCACACAGGCACAUCUCCAGUGUUUACAGGACAUGGCCUUGGAGGUGGACGCACAGGUGGCAUCCAGAGUCCUGGGUUUGGAAGCUGAGCACAAGGUUAAACUUCUACUUCUUCAGACUGAACUCAAGGAAGAAAUUGAACUCUUAAAAAUAGAAAACAGAAAGUUACAUGAAAAGUUGCAGCAUGAGACCCACCUGAGAGAAGACCUGGAAAGUGUAAGAAAUAGUCUAGUUGAAGACCACCAGGAAAAACUAAAUAAAGCUGAAGAGAAGAUUCAGUUAAUGAAGGAAGAGCUUAAAAAAAGAGAAGCGGCGUGGGAGCUUUUACAUGAGGACCUAAAGAGAGACGCUGAAGAGAACUUAGCCUCCAUGCGCCUAGAGCUGAGAGAAAAGGCCGAGUCUGAGAAACAGUCACUAAUGAACAGGUUUGAGCUGCGGGAGACGAGCAUGCGGCUCCUGCAGGAGCAGCAGGCCGCCCAGAUCCUGGACCUGGAGAGAUCGCUGAUGGAACAGCACGGCCGCCUGCGGCAGCUGGAGCAGGAGCUCCCUGGAGAUGAGGUUCUUCCUUGCAGGGACCGUGGCUGCGGGUCCCCUGUGGCCCAAGGCGGGGAGCAUACCAUGCUCCUCUGUGACAAGAAGGACUGUGCUCUUCGGCUGAUGCUGGCCCGGAACAGGUUUUUGGAAGAACGUAAAGAGAUUAUGGAGAACUUUGCCAAGGAACAAGAUGCCUUCCUGCGAGAUGCCCAGGAGAAGCACACUCAGGAGCUCCAGCUUCUACAGCAGGAACACCAGCAGCAGCUGCUGUCUCUUGAGAUGGAGCUCACAAGGAGGCACCAGUCUGAGCUUGCUGAGCGGGUAGCUUCCCUGGAAGGCGAGCGGCGGGCGAUCCUCGAGACUCACAUGGCCGAGCUGCAGGUGAAGCACGCUGCUGAAAUCAGUGCGCUGGAAGCUAGACAUCUGUCAAACCUGGAUGCUCUGGAGUCCUGUUACCUGGCUGACAUUCAGAUCAUUCGAGAUGAGCACAGGAGGGCUCUGGAACUUUUGCAAGCAGAGCUGGAGGAGCAGCUACAGAAAAGGGACUCUUCUCACCAAGAGGUUUUGACUCUGGAAUUGGAGAAACUUAAGCUGAAACAUAAUAAGGAGCUUCAGUCUGUAAAGGAAAGCCUGAGAAUUGAAAUGAACACCAAACACACAGAGAAACGACAAGCCCUCGCCACUGGACCGCAGGGUGUACAUCAGGAGGAAGAGUGCACAGCCAUACACAGUGAAAGGCGCCUACUGGAGGAGAAGGAAGCGGCUUUGGACAGUGUGAGUGCUGAGGUUCUGCCUCCGGAGCGCCAUCCCCAAGUUCCCCUGCAAGGACUGAGAGAGGCACCCCCCGCGGAGGUGCAGAAGGCCCGAGUGGAGCUGGCUGAGCCCCAGGAGCUGCAGGCCUCGCAGGCUCAGGCUGUGCAGUUAAGAGGCCAAGUCUUAUCCCUGAGUCAGGAGAUAGAAGAGUGCCGUGCUGAGCUGGAGAGGCUGCAGCAGAGGCGGGAGCGUGAGAACCAGGAGGGCGCCACUCUCAUCCGCAUGCUCAGAGCCGACCUGGACCUCUCUCAGAGCGAAGGGAAAGCGCUGCGCAAUGCUCUGAGAAGGCUGUUGGGUUUGUUUGGAGAGACACUGAAGACAGCUGUCACCUUAAAGAACCAGAUUGGUGAGCGCAUGGGGCUCUCCUUGGACCAUGUGGAUGCUACAGAUGCAGGCCAGACUCCAUUGGCAGCUCCAGCACUAGACGAGAUGUGGUCUGAUGAGGCUCUACUAGAGUUGGACAGAACUUUGCCUGAAGGGGCAGAGAUGUCUUCAGUGGCUGAAAUUAGCAGUCAUGUAUGUGAAAGCUUUUUUAUGAGCCCGGAAAAUACACUGGAAUGUGAGCAGCCAAUUAGGAGAGUCUAUCAGAGUCUCAGCAUGGCUGUGGAGGGCCUCCUGGACAUGGCCUUGGACUCUUCCAAACAGCUAGAAGAAGCACGCCAGCUCCAUUGUCAGGUUGAGAAAGAGUUCCAUCAGAAGGAUGAAGAGAUGACACAGGCUGUGCAGAAGCAACAGGAGUUACUGGAUCUCCUGAGGGAGGAGAGUGCAUCCAAAGCUGAGCUGGCUCUGGAGUUGCACACAGCUGAGGGCCUCCUUGAGGGAUUCAAGGUGGAGAAAGCAGAUCUGCAAGAAGCACUUGGCCGGAAGGAGGAGUCGGAGCAGCAGCUGGUCCUGGAGCUGGAGAGCUUGCAGCGGCAGCUGCAGCAGGCAGCCCAGGAGUUGGCCACUCUGAGGGAAGAGAGUUCUAUACUCUGGAGCCAGAAGGAAACUUCUGCCAACGAAGCGGCAGCAAGAGAAGCUGCAUUGCAAAAAGAAGUGGAAUCUCUAACCAGGGAGCACCUGGAAGCCAGGAAGCAGUCGGAGAAGGACCACACGGCCCUGCUGUCACAAAUGCGCGUCUUGGAAUCUGAGUUGGAGGACCAGCUCUCACAGCACCAGGGCUGUGCCCAACUGGCCGAGGAAGUGACCACACUGAAGCAGCAGCUGGCUGCCCUAGACAAGCAUUUGCGUAGCCAGCGUCAGUUCAUGGAUGCACAGGCUAGCGAGCGUGAGCAUGAGCGGGAGGAGUUCCAGCAGGAGAUCCAGAGGCUGGAGGAGCAGCUUCGGCAAGCAGCCAGGCCACGGCCUGCUGGUGCCCAUGACAGCCAGUGUGCCCAGCUGGACGAGGAGGUUGAAUUAUUACAAGAAAAAUUGAGAGAAAAGUCAGAUGGCUUUAAUGAAUUGCUCAUAAAGAAAGAUUUGGCAGAUCAACAAUUGUUAAUCAAGGAAGAGGAAAUUAAAUGUCUUAAGGAGGCAAAUGCCAACACCCAGAGAAAAGUGGCCCAGCUCCAGGAAGAGCUUGAAAAACAGAAAAAGACUACAAGCGAGUCCAAAGAUAAAGAGGCACUGAAUGAGCAGCAAAUGAGUGGUUUACUGUUGGUACCUGUAUCACAGUCUAGGCUCAGUGAAGACGGGUGCCCCAUGUUUCUUCCAGGAACCAUUUCUGAUGGUCCAGAAGUCCAGCUGGAAGUGGUACAGCGGACCCUCCUGCAGCGUGAGAGUGAGGUUUUAGACCUAAAAGAACAGCUAGAAAAGAUCAAAGAUGAUUUAGACUGUAAAAACGAAGAAAUACUACAUCUGAACUUGAAACUUGAUAUGCAAAACAACCCAGCUGCCAUCAGCCUCCAAGAAGCUCAUGAGGAGACGGCUGGUUUAGAGGUUGUAUACAGCAGAAGCUCUGAAAUUGAAGAGCUGAAAUCCAUUAUUGAAAAUUUGCAAGAGAAUCAAGAACGGUUACAGAAGGAUAAGGCGGAAGAAGUUGAGCAGCUCCAUGAAGUCAUUGAGAAGCUGCAGAGAGAGCUGACCCUAAUGGGGCCCAUAGUGCAUGAACUCAGUGACCACCAAGCCGAAAGCUUACACAGUGAACUAUUCUGCUACCAGGCAGAAGGCCUGGCCGGGCAGACACUGCGGACUGAGCUGGAAGCUGCACUGACAGCCAAGGAGGCCCUGGGUCAGCUACUAGCUGACCAGGCGCAGGGGCACAGCCAGGCCCUGAAGGCACUGCAGCAACGUCUGCAAACUGCAGAGGAAGCUGCCGCAAGGCACCUGGCAGAACUGGAAAGCUGUGUGGCUGUCAGGGAGGCUGAGAUGAAGAACAUGGUUUCCCAGAUCCAGGAAUUUGAAGCCCUCCUGAAGGCAAAGGAAGCAGCCAUUGUGCAGAAAGAUUUAGAAAUUGACACUAUGAACAAGCGGAAAGUGGCCCACUCCCUUGAGCUAGAGGUCAUCCUGUUGGCCUUGGCACAGUUCCGUUAUGCCCUGGAACAGCAGCCCUUGGCUACACCUGAUGAACCUCCCGAACUACAGCAGCUGCGGCUGCAAUGUGCCCGGCUCAGCCGCCACCUACAGGUGUUGCACCAGCGGUUCCUCCGGUGCCAGGUGGAGCUGGGCCAGCAUCAGGCUCGUGGAAUGCCUGGCUGCUCUCCACACCCUGGUACAGAUGCACAGGCUGAUGGUGAUGAUCUGCCGGAACAGGGUACUGUUGGCAGGUGUCCAGCCCUGACAUCCCACACCCAGGACCCACAGGGUGAUCUGCAGCCUGCGAAAGUCCUGGUGACACUGAAAGACUCUAGUCUCCACAAGGCCGAAAGUGUGAUGUCAGUACUCACCAUGUGCCAGAGGCGACUGCAGGCGGAGAUGCUCUUACUGAAGAAUGAAUUGUCCUCAAGCAUGGUUGGCCCCAGCAGGGGUCCAGAAGGAAUGCAGGCUGAGGAAAAGGGAGCACAAGGUUGUCAGCUGCCGACAGUUGAUCUACUAGCUCAGGUGAAGGUGCUUCAGGAAAAGCUGCGUCUCGUGGUACAUGCUAUGGCGUCCCAGGACGGCAGCCCGGAAGAUCCCGCGUUCCAGCAGCCAUCAGCGUCACUCUGUGUGUCAGCGUCUGAUUCGAGCAAAAGUUCCCAUAGUGCUGAAGAAACAGACCCAUCCCCUCCAGUCCACGCAUUUAAUUCUCUCAUUGAUGUUACUAAAAAUCAGGAUUCUUUGAUCCAAAGUGAAAUGCCAGGUUUUCCCACCCAAGAAAAGUUAGUAUCACAGGGUGGGCCGCUUUCCUCACACACCAGUGUACACACUGACUCCCUGUACACUGAGGAGGCGGAACCCCGGAAGGAUCCAGUAAGAGGACUGGAUCUGUCUUCUUGGAGUUCCCCUGAGGUCCUCCGGAAGGACUUGACCCCCGAGCCCCAACCCAGCCUCCUCCCGUUGACACCCUCCACUGGCACCCUGAGCCUGCACAGUGCCAGCACCUCCCCGAAGGACUGGAGGGACUCACUGCUGGGAGCAGAUCUGCCCGAGCUGCCUUGCUACCCAGAUGAGUCAGCUGCAGGACAGAGCCCGCCGCGGGUAGUGGCUUCUUCAGCUCUGCAGCACCAAGUGGAGGAGACCGCUGUGGAAAAGGACGUUGAAGACGAUAUCAUAACAUCUUUUGACUCUCAAGAACAGACAAGAUGCCUUCCUCUCCAGUUAGAAGGAAGAAAUGAUAGGAGAGGAAAAAGUGACAGUGCAAUGCUGACGCUGGGCUCAGGAGAACCUAAGGCUCCCACUACGGGUGUUACAGCUGCUCCUAUCCCAAGAGGAGCUUUUCAGCCACCAGGAGCCAUGAAGGAGAAGGAAGUCCAUGGGAAACACAUGAAGGCUUUGCUGCAGAUGGUGUUUGAUGAGAGCCAUCAGAUACUAGCCUUGUCAGAGAGCCAAGACCUCCCCAGUGCUCUGAGCAAGGGUGAACCACGUGAACCCCUGGAUGGCUUCCCAAGGGAGAGGCAGGUCCUGCUGGAGGCAGCGCCUGGAGAGAAGGUGCCUCUGGACACGCAGCUUGCAUGGAGCAGGGAGCUUCUGACGGCCGUGCAGGAGGUGUUUUCCAGAGACCAGGAGAGCACUGGGCUGCAGCCCAGGUCCUGUGGCUCUGACCUAGGGAAUGACAGCUCCUUGUUCAAAAGGCUGGAGAAGAUCAUUCGAGACCAGGGAGACCUGCAGGAGAAGGUCCAGGAGGACCUGGGCCUGCCAGACAGGAGCAGCCUGCUGUCUGAGAUCCAGGCCCUACGUGCCCAGCUGCGCAUGACCCAUCUGCAGAGCCAGGAGAAGCUGCACCAGCUGUGCACAGCGCUGACAAGCGCAGAGUCCCGUGGGAGCCAGCGGGAGCACCAGCUGCGCAGGCAGGUUGAACUAUUGGCAUAUAAAGUUGAACAGGAAAAGUGUAUCGCAAGCAACUUACAGAAAACUCUGAGUAAAGAACAAGAGAAAGCCAGUGAGGUCCAGAAGCACCUGGUGGUGGAACAGAGUACAGUGCAUGAUUUGAAGUCAGAGCUACAUGAAUCUAAGCAGGAAAAUGCGAAGCUGUUGGAGUCUCUCAAGGAGGCGCAGCAGGAAGUCCUCCAGCUAAGAGCCAUGCUGGAUGGGAAGGAGAGUGAACUGAAGGUUGCACUUAAAGAGCUGGAGUGUGAACGUGGCAAGGAGCGAGCCCUUCAGGCCCAGCAGGAGGAAGAACAGUUGCGGCACCUGCAGAAGGAGGGUCAAAGCUCCAGAGCCCUGGAGGAAUUAAAGAUAUCUUUGGAGAAGCAACGUGCUCAAAACAAUCAAUUAUGUGUUGCAUUAAAACAUGAGCGUGCGGCGAAGGACAACCUGCAGAAGGAGCUGCAGAUUGAGUCCUCACGCUGCGAGGCCUUGCUGGCCCAGGAGCAGAACCAACUCUCUGACCUGAAGAAGAGCCUAGAGGCCGAGAAGAGCCAUUCCCUGGAACUGUCAGAGGCCUUGCGACAUGAGCGGCUCCUGACUGAGCAGCUGAGCCGCAGUGCACAGGAAGCCUGCGCCCGCCAAGAGACACAGGUCCAACACGCCUUACUGCGGAAGCUGAAAGCAGAGAAGGCCCGUGCGCUGGAACUGCAGGCCAUGGUCGAGAAGGUGCAGCAGCAGGCUGCUCACGCACAGCAGCAGCUGGAAGCCCAGGCUCAGAAACGUUUUGCAGAGCUCAGGAGAGAGAAGGAGCGAGAACUAGAAUUACAGCGCCAGCGUGAUGGGCAUAAGAUGGAGCAACUUCAGCGUAUGGUGAGCGAGCUUCAGUGGAAAGAGGAAGUGCCCUGGAGGGACAGCUCUGGCCAGGGCCCCCCUCACCCGGAAUCCCUGGAGUUGGACCGAAUCCGGAAACAGCAGCAGGAGCUGGAGAAGAUACGGCAGCAGCUACUGUGUGUGGCUGGGCUUCUGACCACCUUCACCAGCCGCACCGUGGACAGGACAAUUAAUGAUUGGACAUCAUCCAAUGAGAAGGCAGUUUCAUCCCUAAUGCGCACGCUAGAAGAUCUGAAGUCCGAGCUGAGCAAACCAACCUCCUCCCAGAAAAAAAUUGCAGCAGAACUGCAGGUCCAUCUUGUGGAUGAGCUGAUGAAAGACAAUGACUCUCUCACAAGAGCUGUCAGCACAGCAGCCCGAGAGAAGGCGGACCUGUCCAGGACCGUGUCCCGGCUUGAGAAGAGCCUGAAGCGCCACGCACAGCGGGGCUGCGCGCUCAGUAGGCCAGGCAAGUCGGCAUGGAAGCAAGAUGGGACAGUUCUUCAGAGUUUACCAGCACACUCAGACCCAGAAUGGCCCACAGCAACUGCAAAUGAAGAAGCAAACACCUGCAACGUCAAAAUGGAAAAAUUAUACCUGCAUUGUCUGAGAGCUGAGAGCUUUAGAAAAGCUCUGAUUUAUCAAAAGAAGUAUCUUCUGCUGCUCAUUGGGGGAUUCCAGGAUUCCGAACAGGAAACACUCUCCAUGAUUGCUCAUUUGGGGGUAUUUCCUUCCAAAGCAGAUAAGAAAACUACCAUGUCGCGGCCUUUCACAAAGUUCCGCACCGCCGUCAGGGUGGUCAUCGCAGUGCUGAGAUUACGUUUUUUGGUUAAGAAAUGGCAAGAAGUGGAUCGGAGAGGAGCUCUAGUACAAGGCAGAGCUGCCCGCCCAGGACACCGAGUGUCAAGGCGGCAUCCGUCUCCACCAGAAACAAGAGAGUCUCUCCCCACCCGGGACUUGUCUUCAGGCCACAGCAGGAACCCUGGGCCGAGGCCUCGACCUGCAGCAGCAGCCUCCCUAAGCAGGAGGGAAAGAUCUCCUUCAUUACCAAAUUCAAGAUUAGAAAGAUCUCUGAAUACUUCUGAAGAUCCAGAGCACUCGUUGACAGAAUAUAUUCACCAUUUAGAAAUGAUCCAGCAAAGACUAGGGGGCCCACCACCAGAUUCUCCUCAGAAAUCUUGCCACCAGAAGAUUAAGCCGUGAAUAAAGUCCUGUGGCUCUUAUCUUUUGACAAUUCUAUGUGAGGAAAAGGGUUUUUCCUAAGGAAAGCUGUGGUGUGGCCUGGAUACUGUUUAUGAGCCAUGACCCCAGCCCCAGAAGCCCCUGAGCGUCCUGUCUCCACACGUGGAGUGCUUCUGUGACCUCUGCCCUUGUGCUCCUUAUCCCCCAGGGAGGCCGUGUCACAAUCUGUGCCUAGUGGGGGAACCACCGCCUGCUCCAUGGGGGAGCAGAGAAUGGCUUCCAGUCGUUUAUUUUCUUAAAGUGUUCAGAUGGAAACUUCAUUUAAAAAUGAGCACACAGGAAGGAAGGAAUAAAGUGAAAGCACCGUGUGUGCUAUUGUGGAUUGCCUGUGUUUUUACUUCGUCCAGUGUAUUAUAUUCAUUGGCAAAAAUAAGUAAAUAAAAUUUAUGUCUAAUUUUU